CUCUUUUUCGCAGGCGGCCAUUGUGGUGGCGGCAGAAGCCAAACAUGAAGUUCAAUCCCUAUGUUACCUCUUCCCGGAGGAAGAACCGUAAGAGGCACUUCAAUGCUCCAUCUCACAUCCGCAGGAAGAUUAUGUCCUCUCCACUGUCCAAGGAGCUGAGACAGAAAUACAAUGUUCGGUCUAUGCCCAUCCGAAAGGACGACGAGGUUCAGGUUGUCAGGGGACAUUACAAGGGACAGCAGAUUGGCAAAGUGGUCCAAGUUUACAGAAAGAAAUAUGUAAUCUACAUUGAACGGGUCCAGCGUGAAAAGGCCAACGGCACCACAGUUCAUGUCGGCAUUCAUCCCAGCAAGGUGGUUAUCACCAGGCUAAAGCUGGACAAGGAUCGCAAGAAGAUCCUGGAACGCAAGGCCAAAUCUCGCCAAGUUGGCAAGGACAAGGGCAAAUACAAGGAAGAAACCAUUGAAAAGAUGCAGGAGUAAACUAUUUGUUGCACAUUUGCUACUUUUAAUAAAGACUC